AUGGGUAAUAAGGCGUCCAAACCAGCAAGGAAACUCACAGGAUCUCUAAGUAAUGCAGGUAAAAUCAACAACCCAUCUUCCCUGCGGAUCCAGCUUCCAUCCCAGGAGCUAAAAGAUAGAUUCGAAAACUCUGGUGCAGAACUUGCGCAAGCCAAUGAGAAGAUGGCGAAAUCCAACCAUCAUACCUCAAACGAUCCCGAUAGUAACGUGGAACGUGGUACACAAGGUUCUGCCACAGUUGCAAAUGGACCUGAGGGUAAGGACGGUAUGGAUCCGCAAGCUGAUCAGAAUUACAUUAAUUUCAUCAACAAUUUGGGCCGGCAAAUCCACUCGCACUCCGAGGGCAAUAAAGGGGAAAAAGUCAACGUACGUGCUUUAAAACAACUUUUGAAUAGAAAAAACCUUCAUAAGAAGGGCCAAGAUGAAGUUCAGGCGCAGCUUGAGUCUACAUCCACUACAAGGUCGAUGGUGCAUCCACGCACAUUGACUGCCAUCAUCUACGCAUUACAUGACCCCCGUGUGUCUCAUGAUAAUGUGAUGAAGGACUACCAGCUAAGCCCCGAGUUCUUGAACAACAUGGACCGGUUUAAAGUGGCCGAAAAUAUGGUGGUCAUUGAGGACGACAUUAAGGAAGACGAGAUUGGGCCCAAGUUUGGCCAGCCAGUCUCGCGUGCCGCAUCUGAUCCCUCGCUCAUGAACGAAAACGGCGCUGUGGGCGAGUCCGUGAACAGUGACAGAAUGAAGAAGCUUCGGAGUAGAUUGGAGUAG